AGCAAUGCUUGCAUUCAUCUGGAACACACUUGAAGACAGAGAGUCAAUUAGAGCUGAGCUUACAACCAAACUAAUUACAAAGCACAGACAAAAUGCUAAUUUGGCAAUUGCUGGCCUGCUUGGUUACCUUGAAAGUGGUUUGCGCUUAUCCACAGGCACACACUACGCAAAUCAAUCAAAGACUGAGCGCAGAUAAAGACACAGAGACAGAGCUGGAACAUCUGCUGAGCUACGGACGCACCUUGAGCAGAUUAAGGCGUGCAUUGGAGCAGCUUGAGUUCGAGGAUCAGGCAGUCGGCGAUGAUAUGGAACUGGCUGAGAUUAAUGUGUUUCGUCCACUGUUUCGGUAUCGCGCUGAGAUUGCCAGGCAGGUGAAGAAUAAUCCACAACAGCAGUUUGGUUAGCACUAAUGUCUGCCAUAGUCUGUAGUUUUUAUACCAAAUUUUAUUUAUAAACAAUGAACGCAGAGCUAGCUUUAUUUAACA